GUGGUUUUGUGGACUUUGCUGUAUUUUUUUGCUUCAUGUCAGAUCUCUGUGCUGGCUUAGAACACCAAAAAAAAAACAAAAGAAUUAAUGAAAACCGUUUCGGAUAACCUGGGAAAUGCAGCAUUGAUUCAGCAGAAUGCAGUUGUUUUCAUGCACUGAACAGCUGACUAGUGUGUUUUAGCAACCAACUGACCUUGCAGGAUGCAGUGCUUAUUUUUACUACUACAUAAAAAACUCUCUUAUGGCCACGCAUUAAAGUAUAUUAGUAAAUGAUUAUCUGCCCAGAAGGAGAAACAACAAAGGUCUCUGGGAUCUCAGUGGACUGCUGUCUUGAUGUGCAUAUUUUUGUCAUAUAUUUUGGUUUAUCAUAAGGAUAUUAUGGACAUUGACAUUUUUUUGAUGAGUGAUUUUAUUCUUUUGUACAGUUGAAUUUUUAUGUCAUUGGGGAAUUCUAUUUUUGCUAUAUGUAAUAGCGUUGACACCUCUAUAGCACAGGGGAAAUGGAGGUAUGAAUGGACAUUGUGCCACUUAUUCACACAUCAAGUAGUACAGGAAGAAGAGCUUUUGGCUCAAAGCGAGACCGAAUGAGCCGUGUGUGCAUUGUGGUUUUGGAAGAGGGUGAAGAUGAUUCCCCAGUUUUUCCUUCCAAGUUGCUUCGUGGAAAUCCUUAUCGUCAUCCUCCCCCUGGAUCUGUGACGCCUCCCCUUGUUCAAGCAAUUUUUAAUGGCGAUCCAGAUGAAGUUCGGGCACUGAUAUUCAAGAAGGAAGAUGUUAACUUUCAGGAUAAUGAAAAGAGAACACCACUUCAUGCAGCUGCCUAUCUGGGAGAUGCGGAAAUUAUAGAGCUGCUCAUUUUAUCUGGAGCUAGAGUAAAUGCCAAAGACAGCAAAUGGUUGACUCCUCUACACAGAGCUGUUGCAUCCUGCAGUGAGGAUGCUGUUCAAGUGUUAUUAAAACAUUCAGCAGAUGUCAAUGCUCGUGACAAAAACUGGCAGACCCCUUUGCACAUAGCCGCAGCAAACAAAGCUGUGAAGUGUGCGGAAGCACUGGUGCCUCUUCUUAGCAAUGUUAAUGUAUCGGACAGGGCAGGGAGAACAGCAUUACACCAUGCAGCCUUCAGCGGUCAUGUUGAGAUGGUUAGUCUACUUUUAUCACGAGGUGCCAACAUUAACGCAUUUGACAAGAAAGACAGGCGAGCGAUACACUGGGCAGCAUACAUGGGUCACAUUGAAGUUGUUAAAUUACUUGUGACUCAUGGAGCAGAAGUAAUGUGCAAAGACAAGAAAUCCUACACACCUCUGCAUGCUGCAGCCUCUAGUGGGAUGAUCAGCGUGGUCAAGUAUCUUUUGGACUUGGGAGUGGAUAUGAAUGAAUCAAACGCUUAUGGAAACACCCCUCUUCAUGUUGCCUGCUACAAUGGACAAGAUGUAGUGGUGAAUGAACUAUUAGACUGUGGUGCUAAUGUCAACCAAGUGAAUGAGCGGGGCUUCUCUCCUCUGCACUUUGCUGCUGCGUCGACACAUGGAGCGCUCUGCCUAGAACUCUUGGUGUGUAAUGGUGCAGAUGUAAAUAUUAAGAGUAAAGAUGGGAAGACACCUCUACAUAUGACGGCUAUUCAUGGUCGGUUUUCCAGGUCCCAAACAAUCAUCCAAAAUGGAGCUGAGAUAGAUUGUGAAGAUAAGAAUGGAAACACCCCAUUGCACAUAGCAGCCAGAUAUGGCCACGAGCUCCUCAUUAACACUUUAAUUACCAAUGGUGCAGAUACAGCAAAACGAGGUAUCCAUGGAAUGUUUCCUCUCCAUUUGGCUGCAUUGAGCGGUUUCUCAGAUUGUUGCAGAAAGCUCCUAUCGUCAGGUUUUGAUAUAGAUACCCCAGAUGACUUUGGCAGGACCUGCCUGCAUGCAGCUGCAGCUGGGGGGAACUUGGAGUGCUUAAACUUGUUGCUGAACACGGGUGCAGAUUUUAACAAAAAAGACAAGUUUGGGAGAACUCCACUUCACUACGCUGCAGCCAACUGUAAUUACCAGUGUCUGUUCGCACUUGUGGGAUCUGGGGCUAGCGUAAAUGAUCUUGAUGAGAGGGGCUGUUCCCCACUGCACUAUGCAGCAACAUCAGACACCGAUGGCAAGUGCCUGGAAUACUUACUUAGAAAUGAUGCAAACCCAGGGAUUAGAGAUAAACACGGCUAUAAUGCAGUUCAUUAUGCAGCUGCCUAUGGACACCGUUUAUGUCUAGAACUGAUUGCCAGGGAAACACCCCUAGAUGUUCUUAUGGAAACUUCAGGUACGGACAUGCUGAAUGAUACAGACACCCGGGCACCUAUAAGUCCGCUACACUUGGCUGCUUACCAUGGGCACCAUCAAGCCCUUGAGGUUCUGGUGCAGUCUCUACUUGAUCUUGAUGUACGGAACAGCAACGGCAGGACACCUCUAGACCUCGCUGCUUUCAAAGGACAUGUUGAAUGUGUCGAUGUUCUCAUCAACCAAGGAGCAUCAAUAUUAGUAAAGGACUAUGUUGUCAAAAGGACACCCAUUCAUUCAGCAGCAAUAAAUGGACAUUCAGAGUGUUUGAGGCUCCUCAUAGGAAAUGCUGACAUUCAGGCUGCAGUGGAUAUUCAUGAUGGAAAUGGACAGACUCCAUUGAUGCUCUCUGUCCUGAACGGGCAUACAGAAUGUGUAUAUUCAUUGCUGAACAAAGGAGCCAAUGUGGAUGCCAAAGAUAAAUGGGGAAGGACAGCUCUGCACCGAGGGGCAGUGACCGGACACGAGGAAUGUGUAGAGGCGUUGCUGCAGCACAGUGCUAACUUCUUGCUGCGGGAUUGCAGGGGUCGUACUCCCAUUCACUUGGCAGCAGCAUGUGGACAUAUAGGUGUCCUGGGUGCUCUUCUCCAGACAGCCGUCUCUGUAGAUGCUGUUCCAGCAAUAGUAGACAAUCAUGGAUACACAUCCCUUCACUGGGCUUGUUACAAUGGUCAUGAUGCUUGUGUAGAGUUGCUGCUGGAGCAAGAAGUGUUUCAGAAAAUGGAAGGAAACUCCUUCAGUCCCUUGCAUUGCGCUGUCAUAAAUGAUAAUGAAGGAGCUGCAGAGAUGUUAAUAGACACAUUAGGUACAAGCAUUGUGAAUUCGGUAGACUCAAAAGGAAGGACGCCCCUUCAUGCUGCAGCUUUUACAGACCAUGUUGAAUGUUUGCAGCUUUUGCUCAGCCAUAAUGCUCAAGUAAAUGCUGUGGAUUCUUCUGGGAAGACCCCACUAAUGAUGGCUGCUGAAAAUGGUCAAACAAAUGCAGUAGAGGUGUUGGUUAGCAGCGCUAAAGCUGAUCUAACAUUGCAAGACAACAGUAAAAAUACUGCCCUGCAUUUGGCAUGUAGUAAGGGUCAUGAAACCAGUGCCUUGUUAAUACUAGAGCAAAUUACAGACCGAAACCUCAUCAAUGCAACAAAUUCUGCUUUACAAACACCUCUACAUGUAGCUGCACGAAACGGAUUAACGGUUGUCGUCCAGGAACUUCUGGGGAAAGGAGCAAGUGUUUUAGCUGUGGAUGAAAAUGGCUACACACCAGCAUUGGCAUGUGCUCCCAAUAAGGAUGUUGCUGACUGUCUGGCUCUUAUCUUAGCCACAAUGAUGCCGGUUUCAUCAGGCAGCACAGUGCCAUCUCUGACUUUAAACCACUAUACCAAUCCCUCAAAGACUGUCACUUUUGACUCUUUGCCGCUCGUGAGAAGCGAGCACAGUUCAUACUGCAGCUUCAACAAUAUCGGCAGGGAAGACGGAUAUCCGUACACAGAAGAAGAUGAACUCAAUGACUCAGACUCGGAGACCUACUGAGGUUCUCCAAGAGCCCAAAUUUUAAGUAGUUUCAAAUUGUGCAACCUGAAAGAGUUUUCAUGCCUGGCCUGCCACAGUGGGCAGAAAUUUAAGGGUUAACUUAUCGAGUAAAACAGUGGUUUUCGUUUGGUUUUUGUUCUUUUUAAAGUAUACACUGAUUCAAUGAAUGAAACGUUUUAAUCUGACUCCUUUUUUUCGUUGAAUAAGAAACCUUUGUACACCUAGAUUAAAGUCCUCUAGAGGUGUGGAACCUGUGACGUGAAUCUUUCACAGGAACAAGAGCCUGGGAUCUGUGGGACGGUUCAAGCAGUCCUUUUCUGUUUUAUUUAAUAUUUUAUUGUCUGUCGAGAGAAACUUUUAUAUCACAGGGCAUAGCAGUCCAAUCAACGGAUGACUUCUAUUGUACAGGAAGCACUAUAGUGAACAUUGUAUAAAUAAAAUUAAAACCUUUUGAUGGCAAUAAAUUUGGUACAUCUGGCAUUGUGUAUGUAUGCAUCAGUUUGCCAAAGGACCAAAUGCUUUUUUUUCUCUUAUCUUCUAAUGGUUUUUGGAUGUUUAAGGACUGGAAUUCGUUACUCUAGAACUGUGCAUCAAAUCUUCUCCAUUUCUUAGCCUUGUUUCUUUCUGUCCAUGCCGAGAAAAUGUCCUGUAGAGGCUUUUAUGUUUCCGUUUCCCUUCUUUUUGGACAGCAGAGCAAGAAUUCGGGUUUGUUUCCACUUCACUUUCUAUUUGCUGUCAAGAUGUUGCAUAAUACUGUAAUGGGAAUCAAUAAUUGUUGCACAGUUAUGUUUUUUUUGUUUUUUUUGUUAUGGCUUUUAAGUGGCGCCAGUGAUAUUUGCCCUGUAAGUGAACAGAAGUGGCAGGAUUCCUCAUGUUCAUUUUCGUCUUAUAUUAAAUUGUAAAAACUAAUGACUUGAAUAUUUAGAAUGAAAUUAUAAAUUGUAGAUUAAAUGACCAGACAGAU